CGCGAAUCUGAUAGCGGAGAGGAUAUAAUGCUUGCUUCUGGCUCGAGCAACAGCACACCCUACAGGAUUCCAUGCCUCCAGCAUCCGCCAAAGCCGACGUCGUGAUUGUCGGUGGCGGCCCAGUGGGCUUGCUCAUCGCAUACCAGCUCGCACGCUUCGGGUGCCAGCCGUACGUGAUGGAACAGGACGACAAGAAGACGAUGCCCUGCUACGGACGCGCGACGACGCUUUGGCCGCGGACUAUCGAAUUGCUGGAUCAGUUGGAUCUGGGGGAGCGGAUGAUGCAGACGGGCGUCGUGACCCGGAACGCGCUGCAUUUCUACAACGGGCGUCGUAGUCACGGAGGACUGAUGUUCGGGGGGCGGAUGGAUAAACUUGGCGACACUUUCUUCAAGUUCUCGCUGCAUCUACGACAGCGCCUCACUGAAGAACGUUUCAGCGAUGCGCUCGAGGAGCUUGGCGUCCAACAGCAUAUGCGCCAGCGAAUUGAGGGGUAUACGAUCGACGAGAACAGCGCCGAUGGGUAUCCUGUGAGUGUGCGCGUUAGAGAUCUCAGCAGCGACGCGCUGGUCGAAGUCAAAGCAAAAUAUCUCGUUGGUGCCGACGGCGGACGCUCAACCGUGCGGACUCUCGCUGGGAUCACGUUCAAUGGCGAGCGCACGACACACCGCUGGAUCCGGAUGGACGCACGCGUGAAAACGAACAUGCCUAAUCCGCGCUGCCUGAAUAGUAUUGACAGCAAGGAACACGGCCAAAUCCUGUGGUGCCCGAUCGACAGUGGCCUGACGCGGAUCGGCUAUGUGUUCUCUCAAGCUCUGUUGGAGAAGUACGGCGGCGUCGAAGGCGUAACCCAGGAGAUUGCCGUGAAGGAAGCGAUCGAGGCCUUGCAGCCUUUUGAAGUAGAGUUUUUGGAAGUGGAUUGGUUCACCAUCUACGGCAUUGGCCAAGCUAUUGCCGAAACAUUCUCUGCCCAAGAUCGCGUCUUCCUCGCUGGAGACGCGUGUCAUACCCACAGUUCUGGCUCGGCUCAAGGCCUCAACACAGGCGUGCAUGAUGCCGUUAAUCUUGCAUGGAAGCUGGCUUUCUGCUCGCAAGGCCUGGGAAAGAAGACCCUUGUCGAGUCAUACGAUCUGGAGCGCAGGCCCAGUGUUCAGACUGUCAUUGACAACGACAAAGUCAUCAGCACACUCAUCUCUGGCCAGUAUCCCCCGCGAUUCGAAGGUCGGAAGGAACCAACGAGGGACCUUCUGACGGAGUGGUAUACCGAUGUCAACGUCCAAUUAUUCACUCUUGGUCUCGGGAUCUCAUAUCCGAGUAAUAUCAUCAACUCGAGUCUCACCGACCCCUCUGCGGCCACGAUAUCGCCAGGAGAGCGUGGUCCCGAUGUGUAUCUGAGGAGCAUUGGCACGGAGGAUCCAGUUCGACUACAUCAAGUGCUCAAAAACACGGGAAAGUUCCACAUUGUCGUGUUUGCGGGGAACCCCAUUCAGACCAGGCAAAGUCUAGACGCUUUGAAUGCUGCCCUCGCCGCUCCUGACUCGUUUUCGCGAAUUCCUGCGGCGCGCCGUGCCUUCCAGUUUACGACGCUGGCCGCAGCGUUUGGAAACGGGGCUACAGACGUGUUGGGAAUGUCUGCCCCUGGCCGCGGUCGCGUGUUUUUAGACCCCCACGGGCAAGCUCAUUCGAUCUACGGAGUGGACAUUGCCCGCGGUGCAGUUGUCGUGUUCCGUCCUGAUGGCUGGAUCGCAUGCAUCGUAUAUCCGGAGGAUGUGCAACAGCUGGGAGUGUAUUUCAGUCAACUUCUCGCCUAGAUAGAGCUGUGAUGCAUCAUCAUCCAAUACAAUACAAUGGUAUCUUCGUCGUUAGUCCUCUUCAGUAAGCUGAUACCUGUAUUACUAGUGCCCAGUGGAAUCAUUUUAAAGAAUGUCCUCCUUCAUCAAUCGUCGACGUCCAGCAUUGCACCGCCGCAGAUACUCUCUGGCCCGUGCCUCGAAUAUACCACAUCCGUCGAACAAGUCUUUGGGCAACAGAUCCUUGCGCUGAUCCCAGGGCUUGACGUCGAUGCUCUCACACCGGUCGACGCAGACGAGCAUCAUCCCGAAACUAUACGCAUCCGCCAGCCGCGCGUCCGUGCACUCUCCCCGCAGGAUCUCGGGCGCGGAAAACGGGCGCGUACCGGGGUGGAUCUGCUCGGAUCUCCUCCCGGCCGCGAGCGGAUCAGCAGGCUCGUCGUCCGGCGAGAUCAGGUACGAGUCGGCUGAGACCGAGCGCCCGAAGUCGAGCAGCUUCACGGUGUCGCUCCCGGUGGUCACCUGCACGUUCAGCAGCGAGAGAUCCCCGUGACUGAGCCCGUAGGAGUGCAAGUGGGUCAGCCCGUCCAGAAGCUGAUUGUGGUAGUCGCGUUUCUUGGGCUCCGUCAGCGGCGGUCGCGCGAUCACCACAUCGUAGAGUGUCCGGCCUUCGAUCCAUUCUAGAACCAUCCCCACGUUCUCGAGCGAGCCUAGAAACGCACAGAUAUUGCGGUGCCGACUAGAUGUGGUAUAAACACGCAGCUCAGCGAGAAACUGCACCGUCACAUCCGGCGCGUUUGAUUGCAUCUCGCCGUUGAUCUCCAACUGCACCACGUUCGGCUUCUUCACUAUACACUUGAACAGCUCCGAUGCAGAUCCAUACGCGCACGGGGACAGACUCGCGGUGGGGUUGGACGUCGAUUUCGGCGCGGUAUACGCGAGCGGCGUGGGGAACGAAAACAGCGAAUUGGGAUGGCGCAGCGGGUUGUAGAUCGGCUGUGUCGGCACGGGCGUGGCUUGCUGUCGUAUCUUCUGUUCUGAAUGGUGCACGUCGGAUGGGUGGUGGUCGUAGUUGUAGAACGAUUCGAUGUUGUCUCGGUCCACCACCGUCACGGCUUCGGAGGUGUACGUCGCGAGAUCGGGCGGUGCCUGCUCCUCUUCAUCCAUUUCCACUUUCCACGAUCCAGUCCAUGAGCGAUGACCACCGUUAUUGGUACGGAGCACACACCCAUCCACCAGUUCUUCUUUGAAGUGAGCGUAACACGUUUAACGUGCAUGGUGGCGGAUUUGGAGGCCGAGGCCGUUGACGCGGAGGCAGAGAGAGGUGCGCUCGACGAGCUCGCCGCGGAGCUGUUUGUCAAACCGCGCGGCAGAAACGAUGGACGCUGAGGAGCCUGCAUCGAGAUGGUAGAUGGUGCCAAGAUGUGGCCCGCAAAUUUUGAUCGACUGACCCCGCAUUCUGACGUAGGGCUGCGGGACUCUAAGAGGGCACUCAAUGUACAGAUAAAAGAGGGCAUGCAUUGAGAGAUUUCUAUAAUACAAUUUGGACUUGCAUUAACCUUCCGGGUAAAGUAAAAAGUGCGCGAUUAGAGAGAGAAUGAUGUGGUUCCAUAAAAGAGAGAAUAUGCUGGAUAUACUUCAACUUUCCCAAGAAGGCAGGCCACUCCGCCUGCGUAGCGAGCCCUGGCGCGAGUCCGAGAACGGCGUCGGAUCUUCCUGCUCGGCGGCACCACGCGCGCGGCCCCAGCUCAAGCUGACACUCCACCGCCCAGACCCACUGGGCAAUGCGUCAGCCGGGAGCGGUGGAACAGGCGGGAUGGGCUCUGUUUGCUGUGCACCACGCUCUAAACACAUGCGCAGACUGCGGAUGGACCGACUUCGUUCGAUGGGACCAGCUCGAGAAGGCACGAGAAUCCGCGCCAGAGUAAUCUCAUCUUCGCCCUCAGACGAGACGUCGCUCGUCGACUCCAGAUCGCGCGGCUCGCGCCGUCGAGGAGGAGAUAGAAGCUGGGCACUGACUGCAGUAGCAUCGACGCCCCAGCCGCUGAGAAACCGUGAGCGCGAAUCCUCAUCUGAAUCCGGUAACUCGAAAUGCCCUUCCAGGUCAAGCCGAGCCUCGGUCGCUCGGCCUUUCCCCUUCUCCCUCCGCACAGGCGAGGAACCUCGGCUACGACAGACCACGCGCCCGACGCUGACCUGACUCUCGCUUCGGCGUGCCCGUCCGCUGGUCAAUCGCGCCGUAAGCAGUGGCGGUGCAAGGCUACCAUUGCGGUCGUUUGUUCGGCCUCGCGCAGAGACGCUACGCUCUAAUCUGACGGGCGAGCCGGAUAUAGGUGGCAGCGGGGUCCCGAAGUACUCCCGCGCGCGCUUCACGUUGUCCAUCCAAUUCGAAGGCAUGCGCGGGGGACGCGCCGGGUUCGGCGUUUCCUCGGCCGCGUUGUCCACAAUCCGAGUGAAACCCGGCGGGGUGCUCUGCGGUCGCUCAUAGGAUGUCAUGUGGCGCAGGUAUGCCGAAGCUCUCGUCGGAGUCGGAAGAUGCACAGGUGGUGGGGAGGCGGUGCCACUCCCGGAGUUGGAGGAAGAUGGGAGAUGCUGAUAGUACCGGUUGACAGUUCGCUGCGGCGCUGGAUGAUGCACGCCAUCACCUUGCGAUAGUGGAGAUACAACGGCGGACUCCACAGUGCGUUGGCGGUGAACCUGCAAAUCGGCGUAACUUCGCCGGAGGGUCAUUGUGCCCGGAACGUCGUCGCCGCCGUUAUCAUUCCGUCGGGAGGAGCGAAGACUGGGGCUGCUGGCCCGAGGUCCGAUAACGGGAACAUGGCUGUUCCGCCGAGGAUGAUGGGAUGCGGAAGUCGAGCUCGGAGUGGCAUCAAUCGUGGGAGUGCGACCCUGCAAUGGCGAUUUGGGUGGUGAAUAAGCAGGUGUGACCGACUCAGAUUCCGAUUCGUCCCCUCUCCGCACGCUGGAAGAACGGCUGGGCACCAAAUUCGAAAGGAAUCCGACGACAGUCGCACCCAACGUCGGACUUUUGGUGUCGUCUGGGGGAGCCGUGCGUUCCGUUUCUGGAGUGAAUAUUCGUGUUUCCUUGUAUCCGGCUUCACGUAAAAGAUCUUCAAGACGCUCGUAGGUCUUGGAUGUCCCUCGGCGAUGCAAAGGCACGCGUCCGAUUGAUUCUGGGUAUAGUUUGCGCGUGCGACCGCGAGCAUUGGAUCUGGGUGGUGGAGUUGAGGGCUCUGCAGAGGAACUCGCCGAGUUUGAAUGUGAUGAUGAGAGAGAGGGUGGGGAAGGAGAGUUGAGGCGAGACGGGGACGGUGGGGUUGGAUGGAUAUUGUAACUCACCUUGUCGUGGACAGAUACCUGAGGGCGUGCCAUAGCUUUGGCGGCGGCGGCGUUCUUCGGGGUCCUUAUAAUGUGAGACUAGAUGGCAACCGAGCACUUGCCCACUGUGGCCCGAUCGCGGACAGCACGUGUAGUUGAUAUCAAUGCCACUCGGUGUUUGCCUCUUGUAUCAUCCGGACGCGCUCUUGACCGCGAGAAAGAUGCAGGGGACCUAGUCUGGAGUGACCGAAGAAGGUUUGUGACCGCAGACUUUUCAAAUGACGGGUGUGGUUUGGGGUGAUGUGGGACGGUCGCACUUGACUCAAAAUUUGAACCGGAGCGUUCAUGGACCCGGUAUCCAUAUGUACUCCUCAAGCAAUGAAGCAUUCAAAAUGACAACCAGAUGCUUCAGCGUUCAACGUUCAACGACCAAGCGGUGGCUGUAAAGCGCUAUGCUCCCUGCGUCAUAUCUGCUGCAAUCACUAUCGGAGAAAUUUGCCAGUGCUAUCUCUUUCUACAUGAUCCUUCAGAGCCUCUCCAUGCUCAAAAUUGGCCGCCGCCGCCCCUUGGACCACCAUCUCGUAAAACAU